AUGUCCGAAGUCACCUCCGACAUUGAUAUUAUAUUUCUUGAAUGCUACUCCACAGCACCGAUGGAAAUCCCCUCCUCCACCUCUCGCUCCCGGCCGCAGUCGCCUUCCUGCGCCUACCCAUCGUGGCCACGACGCGCAUCUCUCUCUUCGAACUCGAGCGAGGAGGAGCACCAGUCGAGUUCCUUCAUCAUCUCAGACGAGGAGCUCUUCCCAGACGUCUUUGACGAGGCCGAGCAGGACUGCACCCCGCCAGCUACCCCACACUCGAGCCGAUCACCGGCUUCGCCCUCGAUGCUAUGCGAUAUGGUGGUCGAGAACGGGUCGCUGAUGCGCCAACUGAUGGCAGAAGAGAAGGCGAAGAAGGAGCGCAGACGUCGCAGGAGCUCUGCGUCCAAGAAGUCGAGAAGCGGGAGCGGGACAAGCAAGCAUAUGAGCCCCAUCAUGGAGGUCGGUGAAUGA